GAUAAACGAGGAUAAAUCUAUCGUAGCUCCUUCUCGGCAAUGAUAGAAUGGAAAGAGAGUAGGGGCUAUUCGGCUGAUGGAAAGAAAGAGAGACGGAGAAAGGCCCUGAGGAGAGUAGUCGCAACCUGUACCGCUCGGAAGACUUCAGUCACUGAUCGGGUGUACGAACAGCCGGUCGUACCUGAACUUACAGAAUUCUCGAGAAACGAAAUUUCUCUUUUCCUAUUUUUCUUUUUCUUUUUCUUUCUCUUUGUUUAACCGUGUUUCGAUCAACCACGUAACACAGUGAGUGACAUUCCAUCGGUGAAGUGCUCGUUUGGUAGAAGUUAGCUAUGUGAUAAUCACACGGAAGCACGGAAGAAUAGUUGACCUGCUGAGAUUAUUAUUCAGAAGAAGUCGCUCAAAACUAAUCUUAAAUCUUCCAUAGAAAUCAUCCACUAAUUUUAAUAAACUGAAACCUUUGAUACAUAAGUGCGUCGUAUAAUCGAUAAAAGGAAUAGCAGACUGGAAAAAGUGUAGAGAUUAUCGGUAAAUUUUGAAGUAAAAGCUUCGCAGUGGCUUAGAAGAUUAAUGAAACAGAAGAGGAUCGCGUUCAAGUAACAUUCAUGAUAUAUUUACAAAACGUCGUUGGAUCGAGAAGGAAGAGGUGUAUACGAGAGUGUGAUGUAUGAAAACGUAAUAGAUCAUUGAAUAAAGAAGCAUGGAGACUGCUACGAUUACUCUCGACUCGACGGUCAGAAGUCAGGAUUCGAGUAAUUCGAAGAACUCGAAGGAUUCGACCGCGUCCGAUUCGAAACCGGAGAGUUGCCUGGAAUCGAAACACUCGAAGGAGAUUCUGAUAAGUGAGAAACAACAACGACAACAACAGCACCAACCGCACACGCAGCAACAGUACGAGGAUCGAGAGAAACUUAGGGCUUCAGAGGCGAAAGAUGAGCUGAACAUUCUUAUGUUCACCUCCUGCGGGCAAUUGCUACUUGGUAUAGUUCUUAUAGUAUUUGGUAUCCUGGUGUUGGUACACGGCGCCUCGUUGGGAGGUACCGGUGCAGGACUAUGGGCAGGCAUGGGUGCCCUUGUCGCGGGAGCGUUGGGUGUCGUCGCUACGCUGGCGACGUCGUCGAGCAAAAGGAAUUCCAGCUUUUCGACGGCUCACCUUGCGGCCAGUCUGAUCGCCCUUGCCCUUUCGAACAUGGCCACGAUCACAGCCUUGACCGCCAUCGUUAGGGACUCGCAGAGGACACCGGAAGUGACCUUGCUCACUGUUCCGGGUGAAGAUGAAGACGUAGAUCGAGAGAGUGACUGGGGAGGUCUACUGGCUAGCAUCGGGCUACUGGUGACCAGCGUCGCUGAACUGUUAGUUUCUGGCUACAGCUGUCUGACCUUGACCCCGAAAUUAUGCGGGUGUCUUAGGACGAGCAACGGCGAAGAUGGAAACGUCGACGGUCGACUGAAGACCCGCAACAUGGUGCAUCAAUGGGUCACGGCUCAAAGCCACGUGCCAAAGAGCCAGCCAAUUUACGUGGUGCAGCCGAUGCUACCGAUGCACCCGAUCAUUCAGGCACCUUACGCAAUGCCCGGUGCUCCUGCUAAGUUUCCUGGAGGAUUCAUGCCUGCUGGACCCAUGCCAAUAACUGCUCCCCCUUAUGGUGCUGUUCCUGUGCUUCCACACAUGGCAUACGGUGGACGUCCUCCAUCACAAAUGAUUCGACCAAAGCACAGGCGCCAUCCGAGUGUGGAACACGAAGACACGAUAGAAAGAAAGAGACAUAAUAAUGAAGGAAAGGCGGAACAUCCAAAGAGAAUGUCCUCCAUAGGAGAAGACCAAGUAGAUUUAGCUCAAACAUACACGGGAUUAGAUAAGAAAAUUUCUGAAGAGUUCAUUUCGAUUGCCAUGGAUCCUGAAAGAAAGUCAAAAGCUUCCAGUAGUCAUGAUAGUGAUAUUGGAGUCUCGAAAACCAGCUAAAUAUUAGAAAUUUCUUUUUUUCUAGGCAUAUUAUGUUACUACUCGGUCUACAGCUGUGUUCUCGCGUACGGCUUCAAAUCGAAGGAGAAAAGUUAUUUAGUUGUUUAAUUGUCAACGCUUCCAGUAUUUCAUUCAACUUCAACCUGGUUUGUUAUUCUUCAAGGCCAUUGAAUGCUUAUCAUCUUAAAUGUUGAAGGUAUGUGUGUUACAUUAUGAUGGGGUGUUCAUGGGUAUAAAUAUGUUGCUAUAAUAAUAAUAAUUUCUAAUUAUUAAAAGAGUGGCUAUGUAUUUAUGUUUUAUAGCAACUGCUAUGUACCUUGUAAAAAAUAUAGAAAAUAUACCCACUAAAAGAGA